UCGUGUGGACAUGCAAUCAACUUGUCGAUGCAAGCAGGUUUGCAAGACAAACAAGUUUGUGCCAGCGAGAAAAUAAGAAUGCGUGCCAGUUCAAAGAGCGUUUCGCCAACGUCGGUGUUUGAGUUUGGAGCAGAUGAUUUAUCUUGGCUUGGGAAAAUCACCUGCACGGUCAUUCAUCCACCAUGGAUACCGCUGAAGGAUUUUCCAACGUGAAGCUGCUGGCCUCUGGUGGCUAUGGUCGUGUUUUCUCUGCUCGCGAAGAAUUCUGGGAACGAAAGUCACGAUCCUCCAGGUCCGUUGUGAUAAAGACAAUGGGUCGACUACAUCAUGGAUACGUACGUAUGUCCGCUUUCAGAGAGUUGUUCAUUCUCUCUCGACUGCAGCCGUCCCCGUUCAUUGUGAACAUGUACUCCAGCUUUGCUUUUGUGGACCAGACGUCCAGCGACGUCACCUCGCUGCACGUCACACUGGAGAAGAUGGACAUGGACGUAGGGCAACUGCUCCGCAUGGCUAAGCGUGGUCCGCGGUCUGGUCUGGGCGUACGCUGGUCAGACGAGGACUGGUCUAGUAUUGGCCUUGGCGUUGUUCACAAUGUACUCAGUGGUCUCGAGCACAUACACUCCACCAACGUACUGCACAGAGACAUCAAGCCAGGCAAUAUCCUGGUCAACGUUGACAAUUCAGGCCGUCCAACCGUAGUGAAAAUCGCAGACUUUGGCCUGGCGCGGGCGAUCGAUGGAGAAUAUAGCCAUGACGGGUACUUGACCCAUGCCGUCUCGACCCGUUGGUACCGUGCACCCGAGUUGCUACUUGACCGGACUAGCUACACGAGCACGGUCGACAUCUGGUCCACGGGCUGCAUCCUGGCCGAGUUCCUUCUGCACGGCGUCGUGCUCUUCUGCGGCUCGAAUGACACCGACCAGCUGCAUCGCAUAUGCAAUCUCAUGGGACUGCCGGGCACCUCUGAUCUGCCUGGUGUCACCGCCACCGUCAACGACGGACCUGAAGCAGUGGACGCAGUGGAUGGUGGCUUACAGUGCCUGCUGCCACCUCACAUCACAGCUGAAGAAAUGUCUCUGCUGACGAGCCUCUUGACGUUUGAUGGAACACGGCGACCGAGUGCAAGUGAAGUCCUUGAACAAGCUGUGUUCAAGUCACGUGGAAUGGGUGAAGAGUGUGAUGGCGUACAACUCCGUGCGAUGCACAUCGAAGAUGAAGCACUGUGCCUCCUGGCAAGAUCCGCCGAUGGAUUUGUAGAUGCUCUCUGCACACAGGAUGUUCAGUUUCGCUGCUCAAGCUCGGCCGACUCCCUGGCAUCGCUCACUGAAUCAUUGGCAUCCUUUGACAAUGACGACAAUCAUGAUGAUGAUAAUGAUGAUGCUGUGUUCUCCACCAAAGAUUCACACAGUCUGGAGCUCUUUGAGCGUGCUGGCUGCGGAUCUGCGACCUGAGAUUUCUCUUCCCGUGACUGGUCAUAGGUUUCAGUAUUGGGAUAAGCCAACCAUAAGCAAAGACAGGCUGUGUGCUGCUGUUCAAGGUGUGCAGUUGAAGUUGCACGACCGUCAACUGUGUGUGUGUGCCUCCACUCAGGGGAGCACUUCCGGCACCUUUGAGUUUCUACAGUGUACCGUGACAUACUCUGCAAAGCCUCAGCAACUGGCAUGACAGGGUGCUGUAAUGCCUUGGUACUCAUUCUGUGCCAGUAGCAGCGUUUCUCAAGCUCUCUUCGAAUCUAGGGAAGGAGCAUGUGUGCUCACCACUUCUCUCUUCGAAUCCAAACGUCCAAAUACAAACGUAACGAUUGUAUUUUCUUCCAUCCGCCCACCCGGAUCCGGACUACAUACCAAAAGUCCUCCUUUCCUUCUUUUUAAUUUUACUAGUAUGUGGAAACUGACAAGGCAAAUGCUCUUGCAUCGCUGCAAACAAACACUGUGCUCACCGCAGACACUGUACAUCCACACCGCUGUGGAUUUCUGGUUAUUCGUGAUACUGCCAGCCCACGUAUAUAUUUGAUGCCGAUGCAUAUUUCCACAUCAACUCAUGCAAAGAUUUCACUCAAACAUAUGAAUAAGAACAAGUACCGGUAACCUGCUACUUCAAAGUAUUAUCGUUUAACCCCAUCAUCAUUGUUUCUGGCAAUGUAAGAAUGAUCUAUAGUUUUGUUGAUAUGUCCUAUACCUACACCUACCUUAUGCAUAAUUGUGACAACUUAAGUUUGCAAUCUCUCCUCGUCUCCUCCAUGCUCUCUCAGCUGACAAACAGAGGAGACGAGGAUAGAUUGAUGUAUCGUUGAAUGGCCGAAAGAUACCGUUCGCUAUUUUUUUUAACUAACGCUUCAAUGUUGCAGACAAAAAACUAUGUGUCCUCUCAAGAGAAGCACAUUGUGAAGUAGCAAUAUUCACGUUUUUUGUGUGA